UCCUAUUAGCACCUUUUCUCCGGGAUCGCCGAACGUAGGAUCGUGAUGAACUAAAUGUAGCACUCGGCAUUUUACAGUCAGUACAAUGCAAAUAUAAAGUUAAUUUUUCAAACAAAGGAGACAGCAACACCAACCAUAGCAGCCAUUUUCUCGUUCCGUGGUCCCUUCAUAAAAGUCAGUCAGUAGACGGAAGCCCAAUUGACCAAUCAGGAGCUAGUAUGUGUGUCACGUGACUAGAUUGCAAGCAUGGCUGGCAUCCCUGUAGAGAAUUUCCCAUGUAUAAGCUCGAUUAGUGCUUGUUUUAUUCUUUCUGUUGUUUAUGUGUCAAGUCUUUAUAUUUGGAAUUCGCCUCAUAGCAGAGAUCAUCCAACAACCAUAAAGAAGAGGUUUUUGAGUGUAUUUGCUAUGAUGUUUGUUUCACCCCUAUUUCUCUACAUGUUCUCUGGAUGUGAUGUGUUUGACAAGAACACGAUAUGGGAGCUAUUAGGUCUCAGAUUACCAGGCAUACUGGUUGCUUCCAUUUUACCGUUGGUUCUUACAAUGAUUCUUUUUCUUGGACCCCUGGCAAUGCAAGGGCGAAGUGGCAUUUGGAGGCUUUAUGCAGAGCCAAUGUACUGGGUUAACAAUAUGUUGAAUCUGAUAUGGAUGAGGAACCACAUUGUUGCUCCAUUAUCAGAGGAAUUCACGUUCAGAGCUUGCAUGCUACCACUCUUGCUGCAGUGCUUCCGUCCUAACACAGCAAUCUUCAUCUGCCCGUUAUUUUUUGGCACUGCACACUUUCACCACAUGGCUGAAAGAUUAAGUCACGGAAUGGAAUUGAAGAAAGCUCUUCUACUUUCAUGCUUUCAGUUUUCCUACACAACAAUGUUUGGUGCCUACUCGGCUUACCUGUUUGUUCGGACGGGCCACUUUAUCGCUCCAUUCAUGGCUCACGCAUUCUGCAAUCACAUGGGCUUCCCAGAUCUGUCAGAGUUAUACACAUACCAGGAGCCCCAGCGAAGUGUCAUCAUGGCGCUGUGUGUUGUUGGGUUGGUACUGUGGUGCCUUUUACUCGACCCCCUAACCACCCCGUCAUGGUACUCUAAUGAUGUGUUUUAUAAGAUGUAACCAUUAGUACACUAGUAUCGUAGACUACCUCUUAUCCGGACUCCUCGAGAUGGAGACUAUUUCUGACAGCGGGUUUUCCGCUUAAUCCGAUGUCCCCUAAAAUUUGAAUAAUUCGAAAACUAAACCUUUUCUUAUUUUACUUAAAUAAUAAUUUUACUUAAAUUUGGGAGAGCAUAGUAUUUAUAUAAGUAAUUGCUGGUCUCAAAUAUUUUCCAUGAGAAGAGUUGUUUCAGUGUUACCCAAUCCUUGCCAAUCCAAUCCGGUUAAACUGAUGUGCUGAUAAACAUUGUCCAGUUAGAGAGAUGUCACUUUCUGCCGAGUCUAGUCCGGUUAAAAAGUGACCAGAUAAGAGGUGGUCUACCGUAGUUGUGUCUGAUACCCUCCUGUACCUAGGCUCAUAGUAGGUUACUAUUGAUAGCACAAUUAGUAGAGUUGAAGUUUUAUAACUAAUGUACAUUUGCUACUAAAAGUUAUAGCCAUGAACAAAGCUGUGAUCAUCUUAAAGUUAAGAAAACAGUUUCUUAUCUGUUAAGAUCUGUUCUAAUAUUUGAGAACGUCACUUAUGGUCUUUUUAUACUAGAUUAUACUGGUAAAAAGUGUUAUGUAAAUUAAACUUGUAUUUGUGCUUUUUCUUGCAACACUCACCAUGUAGAUCAAGUCGUAGUUUUUGACAAUAAGCUCAUGACAAAGUAAAGGUGCACUGAAAACUUUUUACUUAAGUAAAUUGCAAUAUGUGAAGUAGUUUAGUUAAUAGGAGCUAAGAUGGUGUAUACUGAUAUAAUAUGAUAGAACUCAAGACAAUUUGGGAAUUUCAGUUUAAACUUGUCAUUGUGCUUUAGAAGUAUUUCGAGUUAUUUUCCUAAUAAUUGUUUGUCAUCUUAAUCAUCAAGAGGUAACGUCUCUUAAAGGUCAUGAUAUCAUGAUAUCCUCCAUCUAGUUAGAAAUUCAUACAGAUUUGAGAUUUCUAAUAGCAAAGGGGGAUCCAAUUCCAUUUUUAUAUUAUUUUUGCAACACAGAAAAUUUAAUAACUGCUAAUUGUUUGAUAAUACUUCAAACGUCAAUUCAAUUUAUAACACACUAGUGUACCUGUUGCUUGAAUCUGAGCAAAUGCAAAGUAUUAAAGGAGUUAUUUAAAAACCAAUAACAGUAAUAAUUUCCGAUGAUUUUUAUAA